GUUGGAGAAGUUGCAGGUGUUGGAGCUUCGAUCUAGAUUUCGCAUGUCAAGGUCAAGUACCGAGAAUACCUCCCUUGAUGCUGAAGGGGUCAACUUUCUCGGUGGAUGCAAUAACAGCAUUAAUACGCAUAAUUGCAUCUCGGUAUUUACAUAUAAAUAUAUAAAUAACUUGUUGGCCUCCUGAAAAGACUGUUUUUCGAUAAGCAUGAGAGAAUUUUGGUGAGCGAUUUUGUAUUCUCUGCUGAACAGGGGUUUUGGAAAGUCCUAUCCUACAUGAGACUUCGGCCGAAUUACAUUCUAUCCCGAAGGCGCAAAAUUUCAUGACAACAUUUGAGUUUGACCCAAAUCAUUCCAUUGAAUCAAUUCUCCCACAUAUAUCGAAGGAAAAGAAGAAAGGAAAGAUGGAUAACCAAUUAUUAAAUCAACCAACCGCAUCGAAUCAACAAGUUCAGCCGCAGCCUUUCGCGGGAGAUCAGCAAAUCGAUCCCAACUUACCAAGCCAACAAGGCUCUGACAUCCGACCUGACAUCCGACCUGGGCGGCAACGGGUCAAACGUGCAUGUCAACCUUGCAAAUCAAGAAAGAAGCGUUGCGAUGGAUCGGAGCCUUGCGCUACAUGUAUUCGAUACGGGUACGAAUGUCAUUAUGAACUCGGUCCGAGGAAACGGAGAAGACACACGUUGAAAGAUCACGAUACCGAUGUUUCUCAGAGUCACAGUUCGCCUGAUGCGAGCAUUCAUCAUCGAGAUGAAAGGGAGAGAGCAGAUAGUGAAAGUGCUCAUGUCCCCCAUACCAGUGGCGCCAAAGAUACAAGUCUCUGGGGGAAAGCAUUUGCUGCUUCGUUGGCGUUGAAAUUGGAUGCGGGGAAGUUGAGCAAACCUCAUUUGGCCUGGAAUUUGGGUCUCAAGGAUGAACAAUCAUAUGCUCAGCCGCCGAUCACGAGAGUGAUAGGUCAAGCUGAGAUGCAGAGACUUGUCAAUCAUUAUUUCAAUACCACGCAUCAAAUCUUUGGCAUUUUCAAGAGAGAUAUCUUUGAACGGAAGAUCCAAGAGAGAUGGGGAGUGAAUUUUGAAAACUCUGAUCCGCAUGAUCCCAUCUUGUGUGGUGUUGCAGCAUUGGGAUCUUUGUUUUCCGGCGGCAGCCCAAGUCCCGCAGAGGCACAAUUGGUAGAAUUAGCAAAGAUAGCUUUGGAAACGACGAGUGUGUUGAAUUAUCCUUCUCGGCAUCAUGUGGUGGCAUGGGUAUUAAGGGCACUGUUUCUGAGAUGUACGGCUUGUCCUCAUGCUGCAUGGAUUGCCAGCUGUACAACGAUGCACAUUAUUGAGAGUGUAGGAAUGGAGGAUGAUUCGGAUAGCAGCAGUAACGACGCGGAGCUCGAGAGAGGAAUUAGUUGUGGGGUUUUAAAUAUGCAGAGAUUAUUCUGGAUCGCUCGAGUUUUGAAUUCAUGGGUUGCAAACGAUUAUGGACGGUCGAAAGUUACUGUGAAAAUUUCUCCACCUCCUUUUCCCUCGCCGGAGGGUGAAGCGGAUGUCACACUCGAUUAUCUCACCUUGUUUCAAAUAUCGGAACGUCUAGAUCAGGAUACGAAUCAUACGGCCGAGGAAUUCGAAGCAGGCAUAGAAUCCACGUACAGAUUUCAUGCUCGAUCAGACGGUGCAACACUUUCACAAGCCAACUUGGGUUUAGGAUUUUACCGCCGGCUGCGUCUCCUAGCAUCGACUAUAUCACCAGAAACCAUUUCUCAGGUGAUAUCCAUUGGCGUUAAAGGCUUAGGAUCCGUAACGAAAAUGGUAGAGCGUCGUCAUCCUUGGUGGCAUGUUGCCAAUAUCCCCUUUCAAUUCGUCUGUAUCCUGCUCGUCAUAGAUACUCCUGAGUCACUAUCACAUAUCGGCGAAGCUCUCGAAACUCUAGAUGCAGUAUCCCGCUGUUUCAGCACUCGCUCACUUACAGAAUCUGCGGCAACAGCCAGAACACUAGUAGAAUUAUCUCUAAAGCGGAAGCAAGAAGAAAUUAAUAUUCUGAGUCAGGGUCUCAAGACGAGGAUGGAACCAAUGCAGACUAGUCAAUUGACAAUUCCGAACAUGAAUGGUAAACAAAUGAUGCCGUCACCGAUGAUGAUGGGAAAUGUAAACGGGAAUGGAAAUGGUAUGGUCUCUGGAAUGCCGAAUAUUGGUUCGAUGGAUUUUACGGGCUUCGAUUGGGAUUCUUUCUUGUGUAUGGAUAUUCCGGUGUUGGAUGCUACGGCAAUUCUUUGAGGGAAGAUCGGUUUCAGAUGUAGUAUAUUUAUUUGAGAGGAAGUUAACUUUAUCAAAUACCUCUCUGGUAAAGUUGGGAGGUGUCAGGACCGGCAUGAAAUUUCCUGCUGGGUGGCGAGUGAGCGCGAUAUUGUAUAUACCUACCUGCUUUAAGCGUUGAUAUUUUAGAGAGUAAACAAUUCAGAACACAAUACGCAUAUAUAACGGGGAUUAAUAUUCUUGGAAAGGCUUAGUAGGUAACCCGAGUAUCGCUAAUGUAACUAAAUAAAGCAAAAUAAAACA